AAAAAACUAUUGACUAUCAGAUCUAUUCUGUACUGUGUUUGUGCCAAAGUGAAUCUGUGACUAUGUAAAAAUAAAAAAAAGCAUUGUUCGAAAGCAGCGAUGUGAAAUGAUAUGACGCUUUCAGCAGUUCAGUUCUAUCAACACACUUAAAGAAUGGUCAUUUGUACGAGAAGUUUUCGCAAUUUUCCUUGAUCAAUAAAUAGUUCAAAUUACUGAAAUUGCUCAAUAAUGAAUUAGAGAGAUAUUGCAAACAAUGCUCACCAGUACUUAGAAACUUCAAUUUAGAUGUGAAUGAAAUUAAUGUUUGUUGUGUACACGGUAGUAAAUAGAUCUGUGAUUAUUGAAAGCUUUCGAACAAUAAUGGAGUGUCUAGUGGCGAAUGUUGAUAAUAUGCGAUUUGAUAUUGAAAUCGCCCUUGAUGAACAAUAUGGAGCACUUCCUUUACCCUUUACGGGAAUGGACAAAUCUACUGCUGCAGUAUGUCAGUUCUAUCCAAGAGGUACAUGCGUUAAAGGAGCCUCCUGUCCGUUUAGGCAUGUACGAGGAGAUCGCACAAUAGUAUGUAAACAUUGGUUGAGAGGUCUUUGUAAGAAAGGUGAUCAGUGUGAAUUUUUACACGAGUAUGAUAUGACAAAAAUGCCAGAAUGUUAUUUUUAUUCUAGAUUCAAUGCUUGCCACAAUAAGGAAUGUCCAUUCCUACAUAUUGACCCAGAAACAAAAGUCAGGGAUUGCCCUUGGUAUGAUCGUGGAUUUUGUAGACAUGGACCAUUAUGCAGACAUAGACAUGUUCGUCGUGUUUUAUGUAUGGCAUAUUUAGCUGGGUUUUGUCCUGAAGGACCAAAUUGUAAAUUUAUGCACCCAAGAUUUGAAUUACCAGCAGUGCAAGAUAUGCAACCUAAAGAAGGAAAAAAAGUAAUGAUCACAUGUCAUUUUUGUGGAGAAGGUGGUCACAAAGCAAUUUAUUGCAAUAAAAUGCCACCUGAUGUACGUGAAGCUCAAGUUAGACAAGAAAUAGAAGGUAAUUCCCACGCUACACAUCACAUGAAUACACAUAAUGGACCUCCACCAAGAGGUCCCCAAAAACCACUUGAAGAAGUCACUUGUUAUAAAUGUGGAACUAAAGGCCAUUAUGCUAAUAAAUGUCCAAAAGGUCAUUUAGCAUUUUUAAGUCAUGCUGGGGGUAGUGGAAGUAGUACUCAAAAUCAAAAUUAUCGUAGAUGAUUUCAUUUAUUUUAUUUAUGUAAAAUUAAUAUUGUGAUUCUACUUUAAUUUUUAGUAAAAUCACUCGUCUGUAAAAAUUUCUAUAUUAUAUAAUAAAAUGAGUUUAAUAUACAGUUCCAACAUCUCCAAAUAAAAUAAAAUAACUCUUUAUAAGACUUUUGUAUUUUUAACAAAAAAGAUUUCAUGAAAGUAAAUAUCACCAACUAUAUACUAUAACAAAUUUAAUUUAUUAUUUAAAGAAUUAAACAUACUUCUAAAUAGUCGUUAUUACAUUUUGUAAAUGUAUUUAAGGGUAUUUGCUAAAUUAUUAAAUACGCUAUUUCUAUGAGCGCAUCGAUUUUCGACGUAGAAUGUUAUAAAAAGAUAUAUUUGUUUACCGCUAAUUUAAUUUGUGACGUUGAACAUGGGAAGACGUACUUCGCCAUUUGUAUAUGAAGUGGCAUUGUAAGACUAUUAAUUUUUAAAAUCUUGUUUGCUAAAAUAUUAACAUUAUUUAUCUUUCACGUGAUUAUUAUCAGAAAUAUUAAGUUCCUUAUUCCAUUAUUGGAUGUACAUUUAGUACUUGAAAUGUAAGUUAUUGUUUCAUUUUAAGUAUAUUGUUUUUCUUAUAUUCUUCGGAAUACAUUGUACCUAAAGACUGUAAGUUAUUAUUAAAAGAAAAGUGCAAUCAUCAGAAUCAUGAAAAUACUGAAUGUCACUUUUAUAUGCAAAAAAGCAAGUGUGGUUUUCUUUUAAUUAGGAGAAAAGAUCUAGUUGCACAAGAAUAUUCCUUAUCAUGUCGUAUUGUAAUCAAUAACUUCAACAUAAUUAGCAGGAAAAAGUCCAUAAGUACCAUCAGGAC